ACACGUCGGCUAUGAAUAGACAAAACAAUAUGACGUUUGCGUUCAACCCAUUCGCCCAAUUCGGACAAUUUGAUCACUUCAAUGACCACCUCUGGGGCGACAGUGCGUCCACUUUUACCACAUUCAGUUCUGGCACUACUUUUAAUGAUCUCGGGAACAGACCUAAUAUGAAACGGACGACAACUUCGACCAAAUAUGUCAACGGAAAGCGAGUCGAGACCAGAAAGGUUAUGGAGAACGGGAAGGAAACGGUGACCGUAACCGAAGACGGGGUCGUUAUUUCCAAAGCGAUUAAUGGCGUCAAUCAAUCGAUAGGUUAUUAGACGUCCCGACAAAUGGUCCGCAACCUGUCGUUCAACUGACAGAGCGUUUGUAGAAUUAAAUUCUUGUCAUUAAUUCAAUUGUUGUAUUCAUUAUUAUUUCACCAAAAGUUUGUUCACAUUUAUAUACAUAUAAUAUAGUCUUUAACAGAAUUCUCUUAUAUUUUUUAAUAAUAAUAUUUCUCUGCCUUCUGUUUAUUCAGUGGUUUAAACCCCCCAUUAGUUAUCGCCCUUUAAUU